AUGGAUAGAGACACUGUGCAGCGAUCGCAGAUAUUCCUGGCCUCUGAACAGAACCAGUACUCUUGGCCCUCUUGUGCCAUGAAACGUCGGGGUCCAGAGGCCUUCCACCAGGCACUAGUGCACGGUGACCUGAGGCUUCUCAAGGUCAUGGUCAGUGAGUAUCGUGAAGAUGUCAACAUGGUCUUCGAGGUCUGCACCAAGGAAAUGGAGUGGCAGGCAAAACCGGUGGCCCUGGGGGUUUCAGGAUAUGCAUUUUCAGAUGCCUAUUUUGUUUUUCUUUACCCUUUCAUGGGGUGUGGGUGUCACUGACAAGGUCUCUGGUCUCUGGAGUACAAGCAAGAGCUGACCAGCCCCCUCUGCAUCGCUGCAGGACACGGCUAUACUGACUGCCUGCAGUAUCUGCUCCAACGAGGGGCCAAGCCCAAUAUGAUUGUGGGGACCAAGAACGCCCUCCAUGCAGCCUGCGAGAAUGCACACACGGAUUGUACGCAGCAGCUGCUAGAACAUGGAGCUAACCCCAGACUGCUCACAGAGGACGGACUGUCAGCCCUGCACCUCUGCAACACCGCACAGACCUUUCGGUGCGCAAAGCUGCUGCUGAAAUACCGUGCGGACGUCAACCAGUUGACCGAGGACUUGGAGAGUCCCUUGCACGUGGUGGCCAGGCAGGGCCUGCACAACCAUGUCCAUCUCUAUCUAAGGUACGGGGCCGCCGUGGACGCCAUGAACGUCCACCGGGAAUCACCGCUCGGGAGCGCCUGCGGCCACGCGUGGAGCCCGGAGAGUCAGGAAGACUACCUCCAAGUGUGCAAGGUCCUCAUCAUGUACGGCGCCGACGUGAACUCUGUGGACGACGAGACCCGCAGCCCGCUGCACAAGGCAUCCAAGAAUGCCAGCCUCCAGCUGGUGCACCUGCUGCUGAAGUACAAAGCCGACGUCAAUGCCAUUGACUACAAUGGGUGCUCGCCCCUCACCAACGUGAUCCAGACAGCACCUUUUAAGGAAGAACUCAAUCCCCACCGCACCGUCCAAACCUUACUCAACCAUGGCUCCCGCAGGGUGUGGCCUGCUGCCUUCCCCAAGGUGCUGAAAAGCUGUGCAGGUUCUCCCAAGACGAUUGAGGUUUUGUUUAAUUCAUAUCAACAAAUCCAAGUGACUGAAGAAUGGAUGGAGGCGGUCCCAGAGGAAUUAUUCCAGCUUCACCGGCCAUUCUAUGAAUCCCUCUUUGCUCUAGCCUGCAGUCCUCGUUCUUUGCAACACCUGUGUCGUUUCGCUGCCAGGAAGCUGUUUGGUGACCAGUGCCACGCCCUUAUCCCCAGGCUGCCAAUGCCAAAAUGUUUGCGUGCAUACCUACUCUUGGAGCCAGAGGACCUGGUGUGUUAA